AUGGCACAGCAGGAUGGUAGUCUUAAACCAACAUCCAGCAUGGUCGCGGAAACGCCAAGCCCUGAAGCGACCGGAGAGCACCAACCGCAACAAAGCACAAUCACCACCAGUCAGGAUGAUCCUGCGACCACUGCGCGGUGUGAUAAAAACGGCACCAAAGACGGCCCCCUUCGAAAGUGCUUGAUGUGUUUGCUGCCGUUCGACGAACUGGGCUCUAUCGGUUCGGAGUCGCCGGAGGAACUGAAACGGAUAGUGGACAACAUUUACAAGAUUGCCAAAAUUGAGGUGAAACCGGCCGAUGGUAAGAUUGAGCCACUGUGUGGUAGCUGCCGGGCGAAGCUGGGCUACGAUUACGACGAGGACGCGUACUACGAGAUGCUCAGCCAGAUGUACAGCAGCGAGGUGCAGAGCAAGAUGAUAACGAUCGCGAUGAGCAACGGGCUGCCGGUGCACAUAGCGAUGCCGGCCGAGCUACCCGAGCUACCAACUUCCGGUGCCGGGGUCACCGGCCCGUAUAUCGAUGCCGCCUGCGGUACGUUCGUCGUGACCGAGCUGGGCGUUGAGGCGCUGAACGCGGACAAGGACGAACUGGUGUGCGCCAUCUGUUCGAAGGCGUUCAACUUUAAGUCGACGUUGCGCCUCCACAUCCGCAGCCACCAUCAGAGCGCGCCCCGUGAAACCGUCGAACUUCCGCGGCAGUCUCGCAAACCUCGGGCCUACGAGUGCGUGGAGUGCCAGCUAAGCUUCAAGCUCAAGUACGACUUCGACAAGCACAUCGCCAUCCACAAGAAGACGAACCUGUUCCAGUGUGAAGUCUGCUUCAAGCUGUUCAAGCACAAAUCGUACUACUCGAUGCAUCGCAACAUGAAACGCUGCAAGGUGGCCCCGGUGCCUCUCGAUCUCACCACUCUCGGGUCAGCCACGGCGGCCACAGUCAGUUCCCCCGAGCGGCCCCCAGUCACCACGAACGGGGGACGGCGGAAUGGGAAAACAAAGGAUCGGUCGGUCGCGGCGAAGGGUGCUGUUUCAACGUUGCUGCAAUGCUCGGCACCGGACACGUUGGCCACCGUCGGUGACUGUGGUGUCCGCAACGCCAGCUAAAGGUGUCGCGGUGUGUUCAAACAAGGGGCAGCAUUCAAUUGGAUCGCAAAGGGUGGGUUCUUUCGUGAAGGUGAAAGAUAACGGUUCCUACGCGCACUGCAAUAGGCACGGGAUACGAUGGCGCAAAUUAGUUGAAUUCGGAUUCUCUUAAGCCAACCUUUCCAAAGAACUAUGUAUUAAUCUGUGUUGUUUUGUUAGCUUACUUAGACCCCUGUGGGGCUUUUAAUUGGUUCCGUACCGUUGAUUCGUUGUAUGAUUUGCUAAUUUAUUUAUCCUGUCCGCGCCCCAAGUCGAUGGACGUACCAAAUCGUAAACGCAAAGAGUGUUACGCAGUCUCACCCGUCUAUACAUGAUUAAGUUACCUUCUAAUGAUAAGUUCGUACGUUAGGGUGGCCAUACCGGUAGCGCGUCGAAGACCAACAGAGGGCCGACGAUCGGCCCAAACAGUCACCACUAUUCCAAUGCGUUCCGAACCCACCGAUGGAUUAACGGAUGAUUUAUUUUGUGAUUUUACAUUUUUUGUUGGUGUUUUUUUAAUCUAAGAAAAGCGGACUGGGCCGUAUUUAUAUUGUUUAUGUUGUUUGUAGGUUCCUUUUUCCCCAAUUGCCAUAAACGUACUUUGUGUGCUAGUCUUGCUACGGUAAGCCCUUCUCAUCGUUCGCGUCCGGGACGCGUCCUUUGUCUCUCCACCGCUUUAAGUUUCUCGCCACCCCGUCCGGGGAAUAUGCGCAAUUGGUAGAGUACACGACUCCAGCAUUGCUCCAUCGCCUGGCAAUGGCGUAACGUUUAAUUGGUGUGUUUAUGUGCCCGUAUGUGUCCAUGUACGACAUCACUAAGAUAGGUGGUACAGCAGAAAGGGUAACGGGUACAGUUCCGGAUUGAAACGAACCUAUGGCAACGAUUCGGAUGACGGACAAAAGGGUCCGUGGUGUCCGUGUGUCUCAAUCAGCUAGUUUAUCGUUAGAGUGUAAGCAAAAAAGCGAGUGGAAGCGCGAAUGUGACCGGCCGUAUAAUGCACAUUCAAAGCAUUGUACUAUAUAUUCUACUAACUUCGUCUUUUAAUCGUAGUGAAUCAAA